GGGCAGCCAUGGCAGCCAGGCUCCAGGCAAGGCUGGGUAUGGGCUGCCUGUCCUGCUGGCUAUGGGGCUGGCAUCUGUUCCCAGGGCUGCUGGGGGCACGGCUGGCCCAUGCCAGGGCUGCAAAGUGGCUGCAGCAGGAGUAUGACGCGGUGGUCAUAGGGGCAGGUAAAUGUGGGCUGAGGGAGGCUGCCUACCUUCAGCGGGCAGGGGUGCGCACAGCUGUGCUGGAGAAGCGCCACGUGCUGGGUGGUGCCGCUGUCACAGAGGAGAUUGUCCCAGGCUUCAAGUUCUCCCGGGCAUCCUAUCUGCUCAGCCUGCUACGGCCACAGAUCUACACUGAGCUAGAGCUGCAGCGGCACGGUCUGAAGGUGCUAUCACGGGACCCCUACUCCUUCACCCCACUGCUGGAGGACAGGAACCCACCCCACUCUCUCCUGCUGGGGCAUGACAUGGCCCAGACCCAGCGGCAGAUUGCUCAGUUCUUUCAAAAGGAUGCCGAGGCUUACCCUGAGGACGAGGUAUUCAUGGGGGGCUUGGUGUCAGCCCUCGACCCGCUGCUGGAUACUCCCCCAGUGGAUACAGCUGCCCUGGGGAAGGGGUCCCUGCUCCAGUGGCUCAGGGCCCUGCAAGCCCUACAGCCCCUGCUGCAGGCAGGCCUUGUGCUGGGACGGCAACUACCCCACUAUUACGAGGUGCUCACAGCUCCCAUCUCCAAGAUCCUGGAUCAGUGGUUUGAGUCAGAGCCCCUGAAGGCGACUCUGGCUACUGACGCAGUGAUCGGAGCCAUGGCCAGCCCCCACAGCCCUGGCAGUGGGUGAGGGUCCCUUUUCUCUAGGGCUCAUGGUUACACUGUACCAUGCUGCCAUCCUCUGUUCUGGCAGCUCCUUGGCUCUGCUUUCCCAGCACCCCAUGCCCUGCCACACUCCCUUCCCCUCCCACUGUCUACUCAAGCCUUGCUGUUAUGGCUCAGGAGUUGAGUCUGGGCAAGGAGCUAGCUACCACCCCUGCCAUAUGGCUCUCCCGAGUGGUACCCACUGCCCCUGUGCUGUUUCAGUAGCUCUGUCAUCAGGUCAGGUCUUGGCUGAUGGGUGCUUCCUGGAACUGAUUUGGUAUCACCAAGCUGGUGUAAUCCCAGCUAUGGGGGAGUGGAGUACUGUCCUCACCAUGCCCAUGCAGGGGACAAGCCCUU